AUGUCAGGCCCUGCGUGCUGCUCAAACCCUCCAGCCCUAAAUCCAGCAAGUGGUUCCGGCCAUGUCGAAAAGCUUGCUGGUCUGGACUCCUAUGUCACUGGCUCUCCUGACUCCAAGCUUGCCAUUCUUCUCAUUGCUGACAUUUUUGGUUAUGAAGCUCCACUCUUGAGGAAGCUCGCAGAUAAAAUUGCAGCUGUCGGGUACUUUGUUGUGGUACCUGACUUCUUUUAUGGAGAUGCUUUUCCUGGUGAUGCUGGACCAGUUGGAAACUCUUCUGCUCUACCUAUUUGGUUGAAGACACAUAUACCGAUCAAGGCAUGUGAAGCUGCAAAACCAUUAGUUGAAGCUUUGAAGAGUAGAGGUGUUUCCGCAAUUGGGGCUGUAGGCUUCUGUUGGGGAGCCAAGGCUGUGGUUGAACUUGCAAAGUAUGAUAACUUUCUCCAUGCUGCUGUCUUGUGUCAUCCUUCAUUUGUCACUGUGGACGAUUGCAAGGCGGUUAAGGUUCCCAUUUCUAUACUUGGAGCUGAGAUUGAUCCCAUUUCGCCACCUGACGUCGUGAAACAAUUUGAAGAGGUUUUAACUGCAAAAACUGAGAUCAAAAGCCAUGUGAAGAUAUUCCCAAAAGUGCAACAUGGGUGGACCGUAAGGUACAACGCUGAAGAUGAGGCCGCUGUGAAGUGUGCUGAGGAGGCUCAUCAGGACAUACUGGACUGGUUCUUUAGCCAUCUCAAAUGAAUUGUAUCAUCACUCAAAGUUCUGUUUUAUUGUUAAUUAUGAUUGGGAUGGGGUCAAUAUACACUUCAUCUUUUUUUUUUUUUAGGUCGAAAAUAUACACUUCAUCUUAUCGAAUGUUUUUUGUUUACGAUGAUUCAAUAAUGGAUGUAUCACUGCUCAG